AUGACGGUCACAGCAGAAGCCACAGUUAAGGAUACUGAAAUGGAGGUGGAUCCCAGCGAUGAUACCACAGCCGGUGACGGCAAGAAAGAUCAAGAUGUGGUGCAUAUUUUGGAAAUACGCGAGCAUAUUCGCAAAAUUGAUAAAGCUGUCAUAAGCAAUGAAUACCGCUUCAUUGCCCGUGUCUUGAGAACUCUGCCAAGUACCAGACGUAAAUUGAACGGUGCGGUUUUACGUUUCUUGGCCACAAUUGUCUACCCACCCGGACCAGAACGUGAAGCUGCUAUGGCUUUUGCCCCAGCCGUUGCCGCAGGCAGCCAGGAACCUAAAGUGCAAAAAAUACGCACCGCCACCUCCAACCCUAUCAUUGAAAUUGAUGCCUAUUUCCAUUUGUUGUUGUUGGUCAAACUCAUCGAUGACAAUGAAUUGCAAAAGGCAUCCGCCUGUUCGGAUGCUCUCUUGGCCAAGAUUCAAGGACAAAAUCGCCGUAGUUUAGAUUUGAUUUUGGCCAAAUACUAUUUCUAUCAUUCUCGGGUGGCUGAGUUGACCAACAAUUUGGAGGGUAUUCGCCCCUUCCUACAUGCCCGCUUAAGAACUGCUACCCUACGCAAUGAUUUUGAAGGCCAGGCUGUACUGCUGAAUUGUCUUUUGCGUAAUUAUUUGCAUUAUUCCCUCUACGAUCAGGCGGAUAAAUUGGUUAAGAAAUCGGUGUAUCCCGAAUCGGCUAGCAACAAUGAAUGGGCACGUUUCCUAUACUAUUUGGGUCGUAUCAAGGCAGCCAAAUUGGAAUAUAGUGAUGCCCACAAACAUUUAGUGCAGGCUUUACGUAAAGCGCCACAAACCGCCGCUGUGGGUUUCCGUCAGACUGUCCAGAAACUGAUUAUUGUUGUAGAGCUGCUGUUGGGUAACAUUCCCGAACGGCAGGUAUUCCGUCAGGCAGCACUACGCAAAUCUUUGGCUCCUUAUUUCCAGCUAACCCAAGCAGUACGUUUGGGUAAUUUGAAGCGAUUCGGUGAAGUUGUUGAGAAUUUCGGACCCAAAUUCCAACAGGAUCACACCUACACUUUGAUCAUACGUCUACGUCAUAAUGUCAUUAAGACUGCCAUUCGUUCGAUUGGCUUGUCCUAUUCUCGUAUCUCGCCGGCAGAUAUUGCCAAGCGUUUAAUGUUGGACUCCCCGGAAGAUGCGGAAUUUAUUGUGGCCAAGGCAAUACGUGAUGGCGUCAUUGAGGCCACUCUCGAUCCGGCCAAUAAUUUUAUGCGUAGCAAAGAAAGUACUGAUAUCUAUAGCACCCGUGAACCCCAACUGGCUUUCCACGAGCGUAUUUCGUUCUGUUUGAACUUGCACAAUCAAAGUGUUAAGGCUAUGCGUUAUCCACCCAAGUCGUAUGGCAAAGAUUUGGAAAGUGCCGAAGAACGUCGUGAACGUGAACAACAGGAUUUGGAAUUGGCCAAGGAGAUGGCUGAGGAUGAAGAUGAUGGUUUCUAAGCU